UAAAGAAAUAGUUAUUGACCAGUGCGUGCAAGAUGUCGCGUCGUGAGAUGCGUGUGGAACGUGUGAUGGAGUACCCACCGCCGCCGCCCAGCAAGUGUGCUAAAGUGCUGUACUAUACCUGGAAGUUAUGCUCGCUGGUCUUCUCCCACUUCGUGAUGAUCAGCCUGGUGGUGGCCUACUGCAUCCUUGGCGCUGUUACCUUCGAGCGACUCGAGGCCCAACACGAAAGAGAGGUGAAGAUGAAUAUCUCUCAGAUCCGUAGCAACACGACGCAAAGUAUCUGGCACAUGACGCGCACCGUGCCACUCCUAAACCAGACCAACUGGACGUCCGACGUUGUCGACAUGCUUAAGGAUUUCGAGAAUGCGAUACUUCUGGAGAUGAAGGUGCGAGGGUGGGAUGGCAACGAGAGCACCGAUCAUAUCCAGUGGACCUUUACUGGUGCUCUCUUUUAUAGCAUCAUUGUCAUCACCACCAUCGGCUAUGGUCACAUCGCGCCCAAGACGCAGACUGGCAAGGUGGUGACCAUCUUUUACGCCAUCCUGGGUAUUCCGCUCAUGCUGCUCUGCCUCUCCAACAUAGGAGAUGUCAUGGCUUCAUCAUUCAGAUUUCUGUACUGGCGUGUUUGCUGCUAUGUCUGCACAAGGCCGCCAAAACGAAGUCACCGACAUCACCAUCAUUCAACAAGGCGCUCAAUGCGCGCGAGCCGUCGCCGGCGUCCUGUGGAGCGGGCGCAUUCCGAUACCGAUUUUAGGUAUCGCGACAGCGGCUACAAUAGCGGGCGGACGAAACGCGUGCGACCACCGCCUGCGACCCUACCAUCACGCACACGCUCGCAACCACCACCACAACGACCACAGGGUCGUGACGUGGAGGCAGGAGAGCGCUCACCGGCUCCCUAUGACCGUUACAAUCGUGACACGUAUCAAGAAGAAGACGAAGAUUUCCCAAAAAUUUCAUUGCCACUGCAAGAUUUGCAAGCGGCGUUAAAAGACUUAGAAGAUCACCAGUUCAAAUUAAACUCCAAAACAGAACUGCGAAGCAAAUCGUUACCGCGACCUGCGAAAGCUAAACCUGAGUUUGGAGCGAGGAGAGACUUUGACGACAGAAAUUAUGACAUUGAAGAUAACGAUGUGUACGAAAUGCACGACCUUCAUGAUGUCGACUAUGAGAACUUUAAAGAAAGGAAAGCAUUAGAACGAGAGAGACGGAGGGAAAGAGAUGAUUAUAGCUAUCGUGAUCGCGGCUACGAUCCUGAAGAUGAUGACUACGAAGUGGAAAGGGCAAGAGUCAGGAGAACUGGAUAUGAUAGAAGGAUGGAUCGUGGUAGAUCAGAGUAUUAUGAACGUGAUAUAGAAGAUUACGACAUAGAUAGACGACGCGAUCGUCGCGCCCGGAGUGCAUUUUACGACUGCGAUAGACGAGGGGGAGGAGAUCGUUAUAGAGAAGACCGGUGGAGAGGGGAAGAUCGAUGGGCAGUUGAAGAUCAUCGAACCUUUGAUGAAAGACGGCCAGCGCCCCGACGCCUGCGCAGGCUGUACACCGUUGAUGAUACUGGUAGACCGCGCAAUGGAUACAGUCCUUCGCCGGAGAGAGAUGAUUGGAGUGACGAGUUACCUCCAGUGCGGCGAAGACCUCCGUCAGCGUGGGGUUCCCGUCAAUCGGACUUGUAUGCUGGUCCGGUGUCCACAAUACCUAGAGAAGAAAUAAAGCCGGUGCCGAUCUGGUUGUGCGUACUGCUGGUGGCGUCCUAUAUAGUAGCGGGCACAUUCCUUUUCAAGCGCUGGGAGGGCUGGGCAUACCUCGACGCUGCCUACUUCUGCUUCAUCACCCUCACCACUAUAGGUUUCGGGGAUUUCGUGCCGGCUCAGGGUCGUGAGGGCGAUUCAGCGGAUGCAGUGCACUCGAUAGCACUCUGCUCGCUGUACCUGCUGUUUGGGAUAGCGCUCCUGGCGAUGUCGUUCAACCUUGUACAAGAGGAGGUCCGCGCUCAUGUCGCCGCUGUCGCCACUCGUCUAGGCAUCAUUAAACCACGUGACCCUCCUGAUCAUGACUUCUGAUUUUAUAUGAAAAUUAUGGAAAGCUUAAUACGGUUAACUGUAACCGCUACUUAUAGGGCAGCUAUACCAAGCUAAUGUUCUGAUGAGUUGUUAGAGAAUUUAAUGUGCUCCCUACUUUAGAUGGAAUAUGUCAAGUUCUUACGUACUAAUGUGUAUGAUG